CACUUCCGGCUCCGCGCCAACCCCCGCGAGGAUGAUCCCGCCGGUGCAGGUCUCGCCGCUCAUCAAGUUCACCCGGUACUCGGCCCUGCUGGUGGGGAUGAUCUACGGCAAGAAGCGAUAUGACUACCUAAAGCCAAUUGCUGAAGAAGAAAGAAGAGUAGAGGCUGAAGAGAAAAAGAAACGUGAAGAACUUGAGCGGAUUGCAAAAGCGCUUGCAGAAGCAAGUGAAGACUCUAUAUUGAAAUGAAAAAAAGACUGGAUCUAAAUUUCACACAAGAAAACAUAUAGCGAUGGUCUGAACUGUCAGUGGUUAGUGGACUCUUCAUGUUGUUCUAUCAAUAAAGUACUUAA